CGGACUGAUGAAUGCUGACCGGGUCUCUGCGUCCAGCUGAUGGCGUCCAGCCUUUCUUUGGUCGUCCAAUCAGACGAAGAGCCUGCGAGGCUCAAACAUCAGUAGCCUACAAAUGUCAGAGUGAACAGGGGGGCUGCAGCGCAGGCAACAAGUCCAUAAGGGAGUGAGAGAGCCACUGUCACAGCCCCCCAUGAGCCCCUCAGACAUGAGUAUGAGCGCUCAGGCAGAAGAUGAGCUCCGCGACCAGGCAGACUGCAAGUGGAGAUCGCCGACUCUGUUCUCCUCCUACUGCAUCGAGAGCAUUCUGGGCAGGAGAAGCCCCCUCACAGUCAGACUGCUGGGAAAGCAGAGCGUGUCGGCGCCGCUGAGAGAGGAGGAGCGCGCCGCCUCAGGCCCAGCAGCUCCAAAAACACGCUCCCCGCCUCCACCGGACAUGCACGUCCCCCCAAAACUGCGCCGCCCGUUCAGUCCCUUACACGCGGCUCACGCGCACGAAGUCGAGCCAGAAGACGAGAGGCUCGCGGAGAGCGCGCGCGAGAGUUUGAAGAUCAGCCACGCGCCUCCGGUCAGCAUCAGCCGGAGUAAAUCCUACCGCGACCUCGGCCCCCUCCAAAGUCCCACCUGCAAGAGCGAGUCUGGAGACGGAGCCGCAGCCGGACCCGGAGCGUGGCGCGAGAGUAUCGCGUCCCCGGGGCGCGAGGAGGAGAGCCUGGAGGACGAGCAGGUGAAGCUGAGGGACGGUGAGGAGGGCGCGUGCUUGUCGGCGGGCAGUGACGCCGAGGACGGGACGCUGAAACGAAAGCAGAGAAGAUACAGGACUACUUUCAGCAGCUACCAGCUGGAGGAGCUGGAGAGAGCCUUCCAGAAGACACACUACCCCGACGUCUUCACAAGAGAGGAGUUAGCAAUGAGGCUGGAUCUGACAGAGGCACGCGUGCAGGUCUGGUUCCAGAACCGACGUGCAAAAUGGAGAAAAAGAGAGAAGGCUGGGGUCCAAGCCCACCCGAUGGGUCUCCAUUUCCCUGGACCCAUCACUGCAGCACAGUCUCUGUGCCAUUAUUUGAGUGGGGCUCCGUUCACCCCCACCCCACAUCCAGCCAUGGAGUCAGCCUGGCCUGCUUCCCUCCAUGGACUCACUCAGAGCCUCUCCAGCCCCGCCUCCCCCCACAGAAUCAGCUCUCUGCUCGGGGCAGCCAUGUUCAGACACCCGGCCUUCAUUGGGCCCACAUUUGGAAGGUUCUUUACUAGCAUGACUCCGCUGGCGCUGCAGAGACUGCCCCUUCCAGCCAUGGAGAGUCUGCUUCAGUCUCCCCCCCACAUCCCUGAACCACCGUCCUCCUCUUCCUCGACUCCAUCUCCCUCUUCCUUGCCUGUGGAUCGCCGUGCUUCCAGCAUCGCAGCUCUGCGGCUCAAAGCGAAGGAGCACUCAGCUCAGCUCAGCCAGUUCAGCGUCCUUGCAGCUGGCGCAGCUGGAAAGGAGGCCUGAUGUCUCCUCCGUCUUUCCAGCCAAGGCACGAGACCAAAGC